AUGAAGUACUCCACCAUCAUUCAAGCUCUCCUCGUUGCCCUCUUCAGCAACAUCGUCUACGCAUCCGUCAUCGAUACUCGUGCCCUCACUGCUCGUGAUGACCAGUCUCCAAGCACGGAAGAUCUCAUCGCAUACCAACUUCCUGAUGGCCGUCGCAGAAUCGACUUCUACGACAAUGGUGCAUUGGAGGGAUAUGCUAUCGAGACUGACAAUGGAGCCACAUUCUACGACAUUGAUGGCUCUGAGGUCUCUCUCGCAGACGACGAUGACUCUGAUCUCGCUAGACGUCAAUCUAAGUGGCGCUUGGCCAUCAAGUUCGCAAAGUUGAUCGCCAAGUGGGGAAAGAGAGCUUGGGAUUAUAUCUACUGUGUUGGUGCCAGCUCUAUGUGGAGAUGUGGUGAUGAUUAUGUUCAGUGCGCUACCCAAGGCACCCCACCGUGGGCAUGCAUCGAGGGUAUCAUCUGUGUUGGUGUUGCUGCGAGGAAGUGCUAG